AUCGCCCUUCACGGAAGUCAGCAGGCAUUGGUGGCUGAUGGUGGCGGCCUCGUCAGCCUCGCAGCAGGAAGAGGAUGUUUGUGUCCACCGAAAGAAUAAUAUCAGCUGAUACCGAGUCUUCAUAACAGAGAGAAAGCCUCCGUACACCUUUUACGCGGAGCUCGCCGUGGGAUCUUGGUCCGCCCGCUGCCCGUUGCCCUUUCGCCGGAGCCGGCUUCUGUGACGUCGGAAGCGGGGCUGCUGGAUAUAAAAUGUCCCUGUUCCAGUCGGCACUGGAUUUCCUCGCCGGGCCCGGCUCGGCCGGAGGGGCCAGCCGGGACCAGAACGACUUCGUCGGGCAGGUGGUCGAGCUCGGCGACUUGAAGCUGCGGAUCAGGAGGGUGAUCGCGGAAGGUGGAUUUGCCUUUGUGUAUGAAGCCCAGGACAUGAGCAGUGCUAAAGAUUUUGCCCUCAAGAGGCUGCUAUCCAACGAAGAGGAGAAGAACAAGGAAAUCAUACAGGAAGUCUGCUUCAUGAAAAAGCUGUCGGGUCAUCCCAACAUGGUUCAGUUCUGCUCUGCUGCCUCCAUCAGCAAAGAGGAGUCCGACACCGGACAGGCCGAGUUCCUCAUCCUCACUGAGCUGUGUAAAGGUCAGCUGGUGGACUUUAUAAAGCGAGUCGAGCAGAGGGCUCCCCUGUCAUGUGACACUGUGCUGAAGACCUUCUACCAGACGUGCCGCGGCGUGCAGCACAUGCACAAACAGAAACCUCCGAUCAUACACAGAGACCUCAAGAUUGAAAACCUCUUGAUUAGUAACCAGGGCACCAUCAAGCUUUGUGACUUUGGCAGCGCCACCACAGUGUCACAUUACCCUGACUACAGCUGGUCGGCACAGAAGAGGUCCAUGGUGGAGGAUGAGAUCACAAGGAACACAACUCCAGCGUACCGAACACCAGAGAUGAUCGAUCUCUACUCCAACUUUCCGAUCAAUGAGAAACAGGACAUCUGGGCCCUUGGAUGCAUCCUCUACCUGCUGUGUUUUAAGCAGCACCCGUUUGAGGAGGGGGCCAAGCUGCAGAUCGUCAAUGGGAAAUACGCCAUCCCUCAGAACGACGUCAAAUACACUGUGUAUCACAACCUCAUACGUUCCAUGUUGAAGGUGAACCCAGAGGAGCGUCUUUCUAUUACCGAGUUGGUCAACCAGCUGCAGGAGAUCGCGGCAGCACGCAACGUCAACCCAAAGUCUCCCAUUACUGAGCUGCUGGAGCAGAACGGAGGGUUUGGCAACAACGGAGCCCAGCCGCCGAUGCAGAUCCACAACGUCCAAAACAACGCAGGCGUGUAUGAUCCUGAUCAGUCAGGCAGUGGCCUUUUCGAUAUCUUGCGGGGAGGAACCGAGCGCUUCCUGACCAACAUAAAGGACACUUCCUCCAAGGUCAUCCAGUCAGUAGCCAGCAACCCCAGCUACGCAAAAGGGGACCUGGAUAUUUCAUACAUCACGUCUAGAAUAGCAGUCAUGUCCUUCCCAGCAGAGGGGGUGGAGUCGGCGAUAAAGAACAACAUAGAGGACGUCCGCCUGUUCCUAGAUUCACGUCACGCUGGCCACUACGCUGUGUACAACCUCUCCAAACGAUCCUACAGGCCUUCGCGAUUCCACAAUAGGGUGUCAGAGUGUAACUGGCAGGUACGCCGCGCCCCCAACCUCCGCAGUCUCUACAGCGUGUGUAAAAACAUGCACCUAUGGCUCAAACAAGACCAAAGGAACAUCUGUAUAGUACAUUGUCUGGACGGCCGGGCAGCGUCCGCAGUGGCCGUUUGCUCCUUCCUGUGUUUCUGUCGCCUCUUCACCACGGCUGAGGCGGCUGUCUACAUGUUCUCAAUGAAGCGAUGUCCACCUGGCAUAGCGCCCUCACACAAGAGGUAUAUCGAGUAUAUGUGUGACAUGAUGGCAGAGGAGCCCAUCAUCCCCCACAGCAAGCCGAUAACCAUCCGCUCCAUCAUCAUGACACCCAUGCCGCUGUUCAACAAGCAGCGCAACGGGUGCCGGCCGUUCUGCGAGGUUUACGUCGGAGACGAGAGGGUCCUCACCACAUCGCAGGAGUACGACAAGAUGAAGGAUUUUAAGAUGGAGGAUGGGAGAGCGGAGAUUCCCCUCAAUGUGACGGUCCAAGGAGAUGUGCUGGUGGUGAUCUAUCACGCAAGAUCUACACUGGGAGGGCGUCUACAGGCCAAGAUGGCAUCCAUGAAAAUGUUUCAGAUCCAGUUCCACACCGGCUUUGUGCCCAGAAAUGCAACCAACGUCAAGUUUGCCAAGUAUGACCUGGAUGCCUGUGACAUCCAGGAGAAGUACCCAGACUUGUUCCAGGUCAACUUGGACAUCGAGAUGGAGCCCAGGGACAGACCCAGCACAAAGACCCCGCCAUGGGAGACCUUCCAAACCAAGGGCCUCAACCCCAAAAUCCUUUUCUCCUCUCGUGAUGAGCAGCAGGAGAUCCUCAGCAAAUUUGGUAAGCCAGAGUUGCCUCGUCUGCCAGGUUCCUCAGCAUUUUAUGACUCGGAGUUGCCCCAGCCGGUGCAGACUCCAGAAGGUUCCAACGUGGAAGAACCUGAAUCGCCCGUGAGCACCGAUACCAAUGCCAACAACUUCUUCCAGACGCUGGAUUGGGAAGAUGUGAGUGGCCCUCAUGAUGCCUCGGACAGUCAAACGGGGGCGGACAUGAUCGACCAGGACGACUUGAGUGAUCAGUCGGAAGGAGAGUCCUACUCUUAUUCGGCCCCCGGCGGGGAGCCACUGUCACGUGACCACAGCGAACCACUGUUCGAUGCUGACUUUGAGACCCCCCCUCCUGUGGCCCAGGAAUCUCCCAUCGGCGACACAGCCGAUCUCCUGGGUCUGCACUCUGACCCGGAAGCUCCCUCCGUGCCCUCCACCUCCUCCUCCUCUGCUCCUCACCAGGGAGUCCAGGCCGGACUGAAAGCUGCCUCCAGCAACAGCGACCUCCUCAACGACCUGUUUGCACCACCCACUGGUCAGACGGGAGGGGUGCAGGAAGACCUGUUCUUCAGUGAGGACACAUCAGACUCAAAACCCACGGGCGACCUGUUCGAUCCAUUUGGGAUGGGCUCCGGCUCUGGUGUUGGCUCCAGUGUGGGUUCCUCUCGGCAGGCCUCUGGACCGGACCUGUUCGGGGACCUGCUGGGUUCCGACAGUUCAGCCACCAGUGGGUUUGGUUCAGGUCACGGUAACCCCACUCCAGCUUCCAACUCCAGCCUCUUCAACCUCAAUAAGCUAGGAAACGAUGCCCCAAAGAUGACAUCCUCUGCCAGCCAACCGGACCUGCUGGGCGGGUGGGACAGCUGGGCAGCUGGCACCACCACCACCACGGGCAUGAGCGCCGCAAGCAGCAAACCCAGCUACACCAACUCAGCUGCAGGUAUGUCCUCUUUGUCAAAGGCCAAGUCUCAGACCUUUGAUCCCUUUGCCGACCUUGGAAACCUGGGCUCCACUCUACCAGGUUCCUCCAGCAGUAAUUUUACGGGGCCUCCUUUGAGCACAAAGGCUCCCUCCUCCUCUUCCUCCUCCUCUGCUUCCUCCUCCACCAAGCCUCAAGCCAAACCCUGGCAGUCCGGUAAACCCGCCGCCUCAGCCCAGAACAAACCGUGGAUGGCGGGACCCGGAUCCGGACCUGCGCCCAAAGCCUCCUCGGCAUCUCAGCCUGCAGGCGCGCAGCCCAGCAAACCCAACUACAACCUCAACUUCUCCAGUGUCAUUGGCGGGCGAGAAGAGAGAGGAGUCCGCGGGCCUGGAUUCGGCCCCAAGCCGAAGGUGAAGGAGGACGACUUCGGGGACCUGCUGUCAACUCAGGGUUUCUCCUCCAAGUUCGAUAAGAAGGGACCAAGGACCAUCGCGGAAAUGAGAAGACAGGAGGUCACAAAAGACAUGGAUCCGCUCAAAUUGCAGAUCUUGGACUGGAUCGAGGGGAAGGAGCGGAACAUCCGUGCGCUGCUGUCGACGCUGCACACGGUGCUGUGGGAGGGUGAAACCCGCUGGAGGCCCGUGGGCAUGGCCGACCUGGUGACGCCUGACCAGGUGAAGAAGUACUACAGGAAGGCUGUGCUGAUUGUCCAUCCGGAUAAGGCGACAGGCCAGCCGUACGAACAUUACGCUAAAAUGAUCUUCAUGGAAUUGAACGACGCCUGGUCAGAGUUUGAAAACCAGGGAUCCAAAGCACUCUUCUAAAAAAAAAACCCUGGUCUGGAUCCCAGCUUAGACCAGACCAGACCGGACUGGACUGGAUUUGGCCGAAACCAGACGUGGGUUGGACCAGACCGGGCCAGAUUAGACGGGACUGAGCCCACAUUGGGCCUUAGGGGGGCAAAGCGCCUCUGAGAGGUGUCCUCUCUACCAUUCCCAUCACUCCCUUGAGUCCUUCUUUAUGUUCCUCUGCUCUACAGUCAAGGAAAAAAGACCUUUUUGCCUCGUGCCUGGCUGUAAAAAAAAAAAAAAAAAAGGAAAAAUCCUCACUGGUUAUUAAACCGCCAGUUAAAUGUUGUGAUCGUUGUUAAACUCACUGCCUACCUGUACGACUGCCUGAGUGGUGCUGCAAAAGGAGGGAGGACUGGGUGACAAUCACACGGAGAAGACAAAGAGGGAAACAAAGGGGACUUUUAAAAUUCCGAAGAUUAUUAUAACGGCGGUGGUAUUCCGAUAAACCCCCCCAAAAAAGUAAUGGUCCUUCACAAAUAAAACGCCGGUAACUUUUAACUGCGGCUAAGUAAGUUUGAAAUUUGUGCUCGGGACUUUUGCAAACGAAGAAAAAUGAAAAUGGCUCUCGGAAAAAUCUAAAUUUUCCAAAACAAAGUGUAAAAGGUUUUUCUGUUUGUAUUUGUUUGUUUUUUUUGGGGGGGGGGGGCACAGCUGCCUCAAAGAGUAACAAUAAUUGCUCACGAAUUUCGGAACAUACCUGCCACAAGGCAACUGAUGAAUUCGUUAACGCAGAAGACAGGUGGAUAAUGACACAUUAAAACUUUAAAGAGAUUCCGCUGCACCUUUUUCGGGGUCAACACUCGCUUGGGUUUUGAACCAUUUCCUCUCCAGACGGACAAGAAUAUUGCCUGCUGAACACUACUAGUGCUGCUCGUACCAUUGCAGUCAUUGCCACACACACACACACACACACACACUCACACUCCGCGUCCUAAACCUCUAACUUCUGACGGAGGAGCUGAACUUAUUUUGGAGCCCCGAAUAUAAACCCGAGCGGGCCGUUUUGUCUUUUGAAGUGCUCUUUGAAUUCCCACCCAUUCGGGCCGCGCUGCGUCGCGAACUGCAUGCUCCUCCCCACACUUAACCUCUGAACAACAGCAGGUGGCUGUCUGUUUGAUUUUCAAACCAGGGUAGUCCAAAUGGGCGGUGGCUUUCUCUAUUUUUUUUUUAUUUUUUAUUGAAGUGCUCUUUUUCUUGUAGCAGAAACUGAGUCAACCUGCUGGAGUGGCAGAACUACUUGCUUCCACAGCGACUCCAUCAUCACCGUCUUCAUUAACCCCCCACUCCCCGUCCUCCUCUUUGUCUCUGGAAGCCCCGCCCACCUCCAGCGCCGAGUUCAGGGGAUUGUCAGUGCAUAGGACGAGAUGAAAAAGUGAAACGAGGGGGGAGGGCGGAGCUUUUUGUCAGUUAAUCAAUAUUUCUUUGUAAAUAUAAAAAAAAUCUCAUCCAUCAAGUGUAAGAUGACGGUGUGAAUGUGAUUGGGCGUGUGCGAGUCAGUGUGUGUGUUUCACUCUGGGGGUGGGGUGAUGAAACCUUGUUGGACAACAUGCUUUUCUUGUCUGCAGUCACAAUCUUUUCUGUAUUCAUAUCCUUUUUUCAGCCACGUGUUCCUUUUUGUGCGUGUUUCUUUCCAACUUUUGCCCUUUUUUUUUAUUCACAUUUUUACCUCAUGGACCAAUCUGAUCACCUGUUUUCUUAUUUAUUGUUUUUUUUGGGGGGGGGUCAUAAUGACACGUAUUCAUGCAUAUUAAUGACUGAUAAAAAAAAAUCAGAUAAUAUAUAAGUGGAAUGUGCCGAGUGAACACGGGGCAGUUGGUUGAUCACAGCCUCUUGGUUGUUGUUUUCAUUCCAAAGUAUCGAUUAAUACGAAUGUGCUUUUACCAAUAUAUAUAUAUAUAUAUCCUCUGCUGUUAUGUGGUUAUGCGUUUAUCAUUUGUCUGUUUUUUUUUUCUUCCAAUAUGGCAGAACUGAAGUCAUUCCUUCUGUUUUGCGCUUGGACAUUUUGCUAUGAUUCCAUCAUGACCGGGGCCAGUAAACAUAAAUAAAAAAUAAACUACACCGAUGCUUGAAAUUCAGCUGAAACCCAUGUUGACCGUGUGAUCUUAAGUAUAAAGAGGGAGGAUUGUAAAACCACAUACUGGCAGUGUUUACUGAACCAAAUUGUAUCAUCACUAAUAUGAAUGUAGAUUUCAAUGCAAAAACAAAAUGAUUAAAAAAAAUCUUUUGAUCUGAGGUAAA